AUGGGUGUUCCAACAACUACCACCGACAACACAACCAUUUCUUUAAAGACUUCACGAAAGCAAACAACCUCACAUCGCAUAGCCCUAGGCGAUGUCACACAAAACAACAUGGGUCAAUUAAAACGCCUAAACUCUGUUCUGUUUCCGGUGCAUUACACUGAUAGAUUCUAUAAAGAUGUGCUAGAGGUGGGGGAAUUCGCGAAGUUGGUCUAUUUUAAUGAUGCCUGCGUGGGUGGAGUAUGCUGCCGCAAAGAACCUAUCGCUGGCACAAGUCCCGAACAAUUAAAACUCUAUAUCAUGACAUUGGGAGUGUUAGCGCCAUAUCGAAAUCUAGGUCUAGGCACAGCCCUCCUAAAACACAUACUGGAACACGUGCACGCCAUCAACUCAUCACAAAAUCAUCCAAAAUUCAUAGAAGUUUACCUGCACGUGCAGAUGUCAAACAAUGAGGCGAUAUCCUUUUACAAAAAAUACGAUUUCGAUAUUGUUGGCACUAUCGAAGGGUAUUAUAAGAAAAUCACGCCACCUGACGCGUAUAUUUUGAGCAAGAAACUUUUGGUGGAGUGA